AUGGCGAAGAAACCCUAUAUUCCGCCCUUAAUCGGGUGGUUGUACGAUCUAGUCUUAUGGACUUUCUCAGUCUUGAUAGACCUUUUCUUCCGGGAGGUUCAUCCUCGUGGUUCAUGGAAGAUUCCUCGAAGGGGGCCAAUGAUCAUUGUGGCAGCUCCCCACGCCAAUCAGUUUGUCGAUUCGUUGGUUCUCAUGCGUGUCCUGCGCACCGAAGCGCAUCGCCGGAUCUCAUUCCUGAUUGCGGAAAAAUCGUUUCGACGCAAGUUUAUCGGGUUUUUGGCAAGAAACAUUGGGACUGUGCCCGUGUCUAGAGCAAUGGAUAUGUUGAAACCUGGCCAGGGCACGGUAUAUCUACCAGACCCUAUCAAUGAGCCUACUUUGUUGCGCGGUGUGGGGACCAACUUUGAGGGACCCGGCUUUGAGAAGGACGGCACAAUUGCGCUACCGACGAUCAACGGGACAUCGCAUAGCGAAAGUAUUGCUGCGAUUCGCGGACCGGAGGAACUGGUGUUGAAGAAACCCUUCACACACAAGGAUGCGCUAUUCCAGCUAACGGGCCGAAAGGAUAUCACGGACGAUGGUAAAUUCACUGGAGAGGUGUCAGACCAGGAUCGCAAGGAGUUCAAAGGCUCCAAGUUCAAGGUUGCACCACAUGUAGACCAAAGUGCAGUGUACGAUGCAGUCUUCGCAAGACUUCACUCAGGUGGCUGUAUUGGCAUUUUCCCUGAAGGAGGAAGUCAUGAUCGCCCAGAUCUGCUUCCCUUAAAACCUGGUGUGGCUCUCAUGGCGCUUGGUACUUUGGCUGAGAAUCCAGACUGCGGUUUGACUAUCGUACCCUGUGGAAUGAACUACUUCCAUGCGCACAAGUUCCGUUCAAGGGCGGUGAUUGAAUUUGGCAAUCCCCUAGAAGUUCCCAGAGAGUUGGUUGAGAAGUAUAAGAACGGGGACCGCAGGGGGGCCGUCGGCCCGUUGCUAGAGUUGAUAUAUCAAAGUCUUGUGGCAGUGACUGUAACAAGUCCUGAUUAUGAGACGCUGAUGGUUAUCCAAGCCGCUCGACGCCUGUACAACAUCAAGGGAAAGAAGCUCCCCCUUCCGAUGGUGGUUGAACUGAACCGUCGUCUGGUCAAAGGAUACUCCCAUUUCAGAGACGACCCACGGAUCAUUAGUUUGAAGAAGUCCAUCGCAGACUAUAACAAAGAGUUGCGGCUUCUGGGACUUCGGGACCACCAGGUUGAUUAUGCGAAAUUCUCGUACAUCCAGGUGAUUGCGACACUGAUCUAUCGUUUGGUCAAAUUGGCACUCCUAGCAAUUGGAACGUUACCUGGGCUUCUUCUCUUCGCGCCUGUCUUCAUCGCGACGAAGAUCAUCUCAAAAAAAAAAUCCAAGGAGGCGCUCGCUGCUUCGACGGUCAAACUUCAAGGUCGCGAUGUAAUGGCGACUUGGAAACUUCUCGUCGCUCUUGCAUUUGCCCCUGCUUUGUACGCGUCUUACACUAUAGCCUUCACUUACUGGGCCUACCGUAACCGCAUAAACGGACUCGUUCCCGACAGGGUACCGUUAUGGACAUUUGUACCAAUCGGCAUGAUUCUUUUCCCAACCAUCACAUUCGCAGCUCUGCGCAUUGGUGAGAUCGGCAUGGAUAUUGUCAAGUCUUUGCGGCCGUUGAUCUUGUCACUCAACCCGUCGUCCGCCAACACCUUGGUCAAACUCCGCUUGCGACGCGCUGCACUCGCAAAGCAGGUCACGGAUACCAUAAAUACGCUCGGUCCCGAGUUGUUCCCAGACUUUGAUGCCGCUAGAAUUGUGACGGAUCCCUUCCGCGAACUCAACAGGCAGGCAGGGAAUAUCGAAAACGAACACCCACCAACUGUGGAGAUCAGAAGGGCAAGUACGGUGAACUUUGACGAAGGUUCUCCUUCACAGGAGCCACUUCCUCGGAACGAGUCUUUCCAUAACCUCUCGAAUUUUGGAUUUUUCUCAACCCGACCAUCUAGCCGCAAUCGCAGCCGCAGCCAUAGCCGCAGCAGCUCAUUUGGAGGGUUGUCGGGUACAUCAGGACAGCAGCUGAAGCCGCUCAGUCAACUAAACUCCAAAGAUGGUUAUGAAGAAGUCAGCUACAAAAUCCGUGACGCAAUGCGCGAACGGGGAGAACAGCGACGUCGGCGAAGCGAGGACAAUAGCAGCUGGGAUAUGGCCAGCACGGGCCCUGGGACCCCGCAAAGCGAGGAGAACCGAAAGGAUAUAUAA